CUUAAGCCAUAAUUUAGUUUAUGUUUAUAAAUAAAAUCCAUUAAUUUAUUAAUUUACUUGCAGUUUAUUAUCAUAUUUAACCACAAUCCAUCACACAAAUUAGAGCAUAUAAAACUAUACCUUCUUUAAAUGAGCACCACAAUGCAAGCAGCAGCGAUAAAGAAAUACGAGGAUUUCAUCACAACCAAAUUACAGCCUGAUCUCCAACAAACCCUGGAACUCCGCGACACCAUAUUUAACCAAAUGUCCGAAUACCUAAAGCUAAAAACACACAUUGACACCAUUCGCACACAGGGACUGGAUGAGCUGGAGACUAAGGUGGAUUUGGGAUCGAAUUUCUACGUCAAGGCGUUUGUGCCCGAUACAAAUAUUGGGUUUGGGUUUCAUUUGCAAAUGACCUUGGAUGAGGCCGAUGCGUUUAUUGACGAGAAAGUGAAACAUUUGGAAAAGUUGGCGGACAGACAUACUGAUGAGGCAAAUGAGAUCAGGGCGCAGAUCAAGAUGGUGUACAGCGCGUUGAUGGAGAGCAUUAACGGCCCCAAGGAUUGAGCUUUUAUGAAUACGUAUUUGGCUUUUUGCUCAUUUUCCAUUUAAUAUACUUGUUCAUUUGUUUUUAUACAAC